AUGGAAACUAUGUUCUAUCACAGUCUUCCCUCCUCAGACGCUUGCGUAGUAUUUAGUCAAAUCGAAACACCAAAAGAAGAAUUAAACAUUGAUAAAGAUAGCAAUAUUUCUUCUCCUUUACCACUUUUAUCUAUUCGAUUUCACCUUCGUAAAGUUGAACUAUGUUGGUAUAAACCACUUCAUGAGCCUCAACAAUUCCAAUAUUAUAGCCCAAUGUUUGUCAACUCACUUCAUCUCGAAUACAACCCUUCUAUAUACGCGUCAUACGACUUGUUCUACAAUGCCUUGCGAGAAAAUAUGGAGAAUUUAGGAGAGGAGUUUGAGGAUAAUUAUCGUAGUGAUAUAAUUCGUUAUAUCAUAAGUGAAGUACGUGAUGUUUUUGAUGAUGAGUCUAACAAGGGACGCGAAAAAGUGGAGGUGUCUGUUGAUACAAUAUUCGUUGUUAAGCGUUUUGUUGAUAAAAAUAUUUUGACGGAUGAUUGUAUGAUUUGUUUAGAAGAACUUGAGAAGAAGGGAGAGGUAAUGUGCACACCUUGUUCACAUGUGUUUCAUGAAGAUUGCAUUGUUGAAUGGUUAGAGAAUGGAAAUGCUUGCCCUAUUUGUCGUCACGAUUUCUUAAACAAAGAUUUUAGUAGUUCGAUUCAUUGA